UUCGUUGAUAAACUUUUUUGUUAAACAACAAUUUUUAAACAAUCUAAUAAUAAUGAGUACUUAAAGCUGACCAAUCUUGAAGAAAAUGUAUUAGUUUAUCAAAUAAAAUUAAAUAGGCACCGUUGAAGGCUCUAGCUAGCCAGUAAUAUCAAACCGAAUAUUAAAAUCGAGAAAUAUGAUUUCCGAUCAUUGACAGAGUGCAAACGUCAAGCUGUUUUGCCUUGCGUUGCCACCCAAUUCACUUCUGUGUUUUGCGGCUAAAAAAUAAUAAUUAAUAACUAACGCGGCUAAAAAUGUCUGCACAGUCUUCAUAUCUAGAUGGGGAACUAAAUACAGUUCCUCGCAUCAUGACCUUUCGUCCCAGCUACGAAGAGUUCAAAAACUUUUCGUCCUACGUUGAGUAUAUGGAGAGUCGCGGAGCCCACAGGGCUGGCCUGGUAAAAAUUCAGCCACCGCCAGAGUGGGUCCCCAGGAAGUCGGGGUACGACAUUGAGAACAUCAACAUGACGAUUCCUCCACCGAUUUCUCAGUUGGUCCAGGGAGCACAAGGAGUGUACCAGCAAUUCAACGUGCAACAGCGCAAGCAGAUGACACUGCGUCAGUUCAUGGAGAAGGCCAACUCCGAGCUGCACAGUACACCGCGCCACACCGACUACGACGAUCUAGAGCGGAAAUAUUGGAAGAAUGUUACAUAUGUGUCUCCGCUGUAUGCAGCUGAUGUCCAGGGCACGCUUAGCGACGACGAUCUGGAUGUGUGGAACAUCGGGAGGCUAGACACCGUACUGAACCUGGUUAACACCGAUUAUAACAUAACCAUAGACGGGGUGAAUACAGCUUACCUCUACUUCGGCAUGUGGAAGAGUUCCUUUGCUUGGCACACAGAAGAUAUGGAUCUGUAUUCCAUAAACUAUCUUCAUUUUGGUGCUCCCAAAACAUGGUACGCCAUCCCACCGGCCUACGGAAGGCGCUUGGAGAAGCUGGCCAAUGAAUUAUUCCCUGAAACCUAUCAAGAAUGCAAUGCGUACCUCCGUCACAAGAUGACCAUGAUAAGUCCCAAAGUUUUGCGCCAGCAUAAUAUACCAUACAACAAGAUUACCCAAGAGGCGGGUGAAAUUAUGAUAACCUUUCCGUUUGGUUACCAUUCUGGCUUCAACCACGGCUUCAAUGGUGCAGAGUCGACCAACUUUGCGUCAAAGCGCUGGAUAGAGUAUGGCAAGCGCGCAAGCAUUUGCAGGUGCCGUAGCGAUAUGGUUAAAAUCUCAAUGGAGACAUUUGUGCGCCACUUUCAGCCGGACCGCUAUGAUAACUGGUUGGAGGGAAAGGACUUUGGGUAUCAUCCGGAGGAGCCAGGCAAGUUAUGUCCUGCUAAUCCGCCAACAAUCAAUGUGUACGACAAGAAAGGAAGUCUGUCUUUGGCCAAGUCCAAGGGCUCUUCGCCGCAGAAGCGAGGCUGUUCCAUGGCCACCAACGCAGAUACAAAUGGAGCAGAUGAUGGCGACGAGAAGGCUAGCGUAAGCAGCAACAACAGCUUGCGCCUCAAGCAGGCGGUCGUCAAGCUUCGCAAACUGCCACGCGAACUUGUACCUGAACCGCCUUCCGCACCAGAGAGGUAUGACUUUAACUCGAUUGUCGAGAAAGGUGUUAAGCGCUUGUGGAAUAAUCUGCCCAAUCCAAAUCCAGGAGUCAAUUUGCUUAACAACGGUGUGGUGAAGAACACAAAGAGAAUGCGCUUUCACACAAAGGUCCUCACACUUGAGGACGAGGAUUGAACACUGUCGGUUGUUCCCACUGGAUCUCCUUGUUAAUAACUUUGUGUAUAACUGAAACCUAUUUUAGGUAGUAUUAAAUGUAUGUUUAGUUAAGUGACGCCAUAUUUAAAGUAACUUGUAUAUACAUAUACAAUAUGUAGAAUAUGAUAUAGCCUUUAAUCCAAAUGAAUUAAUAGGCUGAGAAAAACGUGUGUACCGAAGUAGGAGGCUUGAGUAUAUGUCUGUAAAUAUUUUUAACGUCUGUUGUCGGCCAAAGAAGUCUCAAGUUAUAAAUGUUUAAUUCGGGAUCUGUAACAGAUUUUAUUUGUUUAAAUUAUUCCCAAGUCACCAAGUUUGGUUCCCAUCGAAAGAAUCGUUUGCAAAAUUGCAAAUAAUAUAUUAAAUUCUAUUGCACGUAACGCCCAAAAAAAAAAUACAACAAAAAUGUAAAUAUACAUAAAUAAUAAAUCAUAUCUAAGGCGAAGAAGCCGCUCAUAAGAUACCCCUUAAAA